AUGACCGCCGUCGCCUCUGUCGCUCAGAACCUCGAGUCUCUGUCUCUCGAGAAGAAGCCCGUCGUAGAGGAGAAGCCCUUUGACAUGGAGGCCGCACGGAAACGCUUUGUUGGCGACAUCGAACUGCCAGAGAGCAAAGAGCCUCUACUUCAGGAGUCCAAGCGCCGCUUCGUUCUCUUUCCCAUCCAAUAUCCUGAGAUCUGGCAAAUGUACAAGAAGGCCGAGGCCUCGUUCUGGACCGCCGAGGAGAUGGAUCUCUCCAAGGACUUGCACGACUGGCACACACGCUUGAACGAUAAUGAGCGCCACUUUAUCUCGCACGUCCUCGCUUUCUUCGCCGGCUCUGACGGUAUUGUCAACGAGAACCUUCUCGAGCGCUUUUCCAACGAGGUGCAGGCCGCCGAGGCCAGGUGUUUUUACGGCUUCCAGAUCAUGAUGGAGAACAUCCACUCUGAGACCUACUCCCUGCUCAUCGACACGUACAUCAAGGACCCCAAUCAGCGCGACUACCUCUUUGACGCCAUCGAAACUAUUCCUUGUAUCAAGAAGAAGGCCGAUUGGGCUCUGCGCUGGAUCACGGACAAGGACGCAGCCUUCGGCGAGCGUCUCGUUGCCUUCGCCGCGGUCGAGGGCAUCUUCUUCUCUGGCUCGUUCGCGUCGAUCUUCUGGUUGAAGAAGCGCGGCUUGAUGCCUGGUCUUACCUUCUCCAACGAGCUUAUCUCUCGUGACGAGGGUAUGCACACCGACUUCGCCUGCCUUUUGUUUUCGCACCUCCGCAAGCGCCCGCAUCCCGACACCGUCCGCAAGAUCAUCACUGAGGCCGUCACAAUCGAGCAGGAGUUCCUUACCGACGCAUUACCGGUCAGCCUCAUCGGUAUGAACGCAGACUUGAUGUGCCAGUACAUUGAGUGCGUUGCGGACCGCUUGCUGCUCGCUCUCGGCUGCGAGAAGUACUACGGCUCGCCCAAUCCCUUCGACUUCAUGGACAUGAUCUCGCUCCAGGGCAAGACCAACUUCUUCGAGAAGCGUGUCUCGGACUACUCCAAGGCCGGCGUCAAGUCAGACAACUCAGCACCAACCGCGGACUCGAAGCUAUUCUCUGUCGAUGAGGACUUCUAG